GACGCACACACAUACACAUACACAUACACACACAUAAUACUUUGUCGCGUGAUUGAGAGUUGGUCGAUUGACACAGUCCAUUUCAUAGCAACAUCAUCGUGACUCUGCCGGCUGUUGCGCUAUGUGUUAAUGCGUCUUCCGACAGAUCACGGUGCGUGGGCAAUGAAUGAGUGACACAGACACACACACACACACACACAGACACACAACACACUCAUGAGGCAGAGACACGUACACAUGUUACAAAGUAUCAUGUCAUUGACCGGUGGUAUCUCUCAGCAAACACAAAUACGACCGUGUGGUACCAUUCGUUGGGCAAGACCGUGACAGCAAUAUAUAAUGGUAUGUAGACCCCAUCGACCCACGUUUGACUUCCAAGCACAGCCACAAACGCAUUCACCCCAACACGCAUUCAGCCUCAACCCAUAUACUGACAGGUCCCCAUCACGCUUCUUGACACACAGCUGCCGCCGCAAGCGUCUCCUCUAGAUGUAACAGCUGAUCCAUCAAGGCCCAGAAACCUGCAUAGAUGAGCGAUCCGAAUGUUGCAUGGCAGGAAGUAGUCUGUCUUACCAAUCCUUCUUUCCCCUCCGAAUAGCGUAAUCAGCUCUCUCCUGACGAUGUCUUCUGACGCGGUCGGGCCGCCCCGAUGAGACUUGGGCACGUCGCGCUUCCUCACUUGCCUCAGAUAAGCCAUGCCGAGGUCGAAAGUCUCUCUGCCAAGGCCGUCACGACAUCGUCUGCAGAGACACCAGGGGAGGCACUGGGUUGGUCAGGCUGGAUGUCUUGUGGGGAGUGGACAUGUCUCACCGUUUGAGCAUUUGGAUCUGUUUAGUAAGGAAACCGACUGCCUCUUCUUUUGGCGAGGGGACGGCUCUCUCCUCGCCAUGAGACCUAUGAGAGUCCAGCUGUCCCGCUGCUGUCGGCUCCGGCACCUUUGCAAGAGAGGCAACGGGCUUGUGCCUCUGUUUUGGCACGCUUCCGCCGGCCAGCCGAUUGGCCGUCGCUUUGAUCGCCCUUCCUCUCCCUGUUACAGCCGAUGCAGCUGCAGCUGCCUGGUUGUCUGGUGUCUGAGGCUCGAAGGGAUGGACUGACACAAUUGGGCUCUCCUCCAAAAGGCGAUCCCUCAGAAGGCCGCCCUUGGGAGAAGGAGGGCUGCAGCUGAAGGAGGGCUUCCUCCUUACUUCAGCUGCAUUCCGUGUGCGCGUCUCCACCGCAGGCCUGGGCGGACGCGAGCGAAUGGGAGGCGGGGAGUGCUUCUCCUUUCUACCCUUGGCGCGCUCAACAGACGUCUCCCUGUCGCUUUGUCUCUCGUGCGAAUCAUCGACGCGUCUCGCCGGCUGCUUCCGCUCGCUAGCAGGGGGCAGGGGUGGGCGGGAUCGGUCGUCCAUUAUUCGGGGUAAGGCCGCGGGCUGUAUAGGGGCAUUGCCGGCAAGGGGAAAGCGCAGAGUUUCCAGAGCCACCUCCUGCUUGUAUAUCUGCAUCUUGCAUCGAUCGAUCUCCCGCUUUAGGUGCGCCAGGUGACGCUUGGCUCCAUCAGCCUUCAGAGCACGAACAUCGACUUCUCCAUCUGUAAGAAGCCAAUGGAGUAAGCUGUCCCAGCAACGGAUGCGUGCGUGACCGGCCGGCCGCGCAUCUUGUAUGGAUACAUACCUUCGGAGUCGCUCAGAUCGGACACGCCUUCUUCCUCAGCGCCGCUGACUUCCCUCUCUGUCUCGUCUUCCUGGAUCAGCCUUUCGAUCUCCUGCUCCUCGUCCCGGUCCCACACAUAGCCCCCGAUCCUCCGACGGCCACCUACUGGCGGCAGGGCCAGGUCAGGAGGCGGUGACGGGCCACGAGAGGGGUGUUCAAAAGAUGCAUCCCGCUCCAGCGGCUGAUGAGUCGGGAAGACGCCUUGCGUUGAGCUCAGAGAAUGUGCAGCAGACACGCGGAGAGAAGCACGGCCGCUAUUGGUCUUCCGGCCAAUGAAGUGCUGCAACAACGCCAAAUGCAUCAAUUCAAUUCGUGUUAGAAGUGUCUUAUCGCCUACAUAUUUUCGUCUCGGUGAUUUUGGCGAGUCCACGGCCUGGGAUGGCUUGUCUGCCGUAUCAUCGGCUGCCCGUGAGCUGGAUCUGGGGGCAGGUUUCGGAGACGGCAGAGGGUCCUGCUGGGCUUCCCUUGUUCGCGGAGACUCUUUCCGCUGCUCUAGCUGGUCAAUUGUUGCGCCGUUUUCUGGAAUUGUGUCAAGCUGGCUGCUGCCAUGAUGGGGUGUAGACACGCCCAUCGCCGACCUCAUGGCGUCAGAUGACCGAUACCAUGUGUGCCGAGACUUCUCUGAAACACCCUUGACACCAGCCGAAUUCACUCGGUCCGAAAGCGAGAAUUUAUGGUUCUUACGCGCUUGUAUGCGAAGUAAGUUCUCCUCCCGUAUUCGUUGGGCUUCCCUCUCAAACUCCCGAGUGGCCUCCUCCUGCCGCCUCCGCCGCUCGGCCAUCACCCUUUCCUUGUGAGACAUAGCCGAUGGUGGCUCACUGGCCUCCCUUGCAGACAGAGGCGGAGUGCUUUCGUCAGCUGUGCUGUCACGCGCCGAGAGGGGGGGCGAGGAGGGGCUGGAACGGACGUCUGGCGGAGUGCGGCGCUGGGGAAGCCUGCAAUACGAUACGAAGGAGGCACGGGCAAUGCAUACAUAAGAAGAGGUCACUUGUCUGGCGGGAGCAGGUCUUGGCUCCUCAUCCUCUGCAACUCCACGAAAGCCUCGCUCAGUUCCGCCACCCUCCUGCAAGGAAUGAACAGGGAUUGGUGGAGCAGCCGCCUCCGUGCACGAAUGCCUCUCUGUCUCGUGUGUUGUGCAGAGCACAGGGACACCUUUCUGUCUCUUCGAUCUCCUGGUGGACAGCGCGAAGAUUCUCAUUGGCCUUCUGAAAACAGUAAUAUCAUCGCGUUUUGUUGUAUUUUCGCCACCUGACCUAUCUGACUCCCUCACCUGUAUCUCGUCGUCUUCUUCUAUACCAACACUGUCAGGGAUCCUCUCGCCUGAUUUGGUCUUCUUCUCAGCCUCCCUCACAUCGCCGUCCCUGCCUCUCAGCCGACCGAUCCGCGGACUCACUGUCACGCUCUUGCUGCCGGCCUUCGGUUUGCCAGGCGAUUUGCUUUGAUCCGACCGUCCUCGUUCAGCCGGUUCAGCAAUCUUCUUGCGAUCGACCCUCAGAGAUUUGUGUUCAGGGGGGAGCGGCGGAUGUGAGGGCGCUGCCUGGAUGCGCUUCUCGCCGGACAGGGACGCUUUGAUGCCGUAGCGUCGCUUGAGCUUGAUAGCUGUGUCUUCAAGUUGCCUGAGGUACUCCUGGGUAUGCCCUCUCUUCUGCUCUAUCUGAUGAGAGACGCAGAGAUAUGCUGCAUCUACUAUGCUGCCAAAUGUGCUACACGAGCUACGUACCUUCUGAAUCUGUAGGCGUCUCUUCCUGGCCAUCUCUUCACUGAUGGGCGGCAUGUGUGUCUGCAGCGAGCGAUGUGGAGCCUCAACGAGGAGGCUGGCCAGGCCCAGGCGAUCGAGCUGCUCGAACAGGGCCAUUUGCGCGAGAGCGGCGAUUUCUGGCAGACACGCGCUCACGACUGUCUGCCACAGACAGUAAAAGGGCAGGAAAACAGAUGCAUCAAUGAAAGGCUGGAGGCGGGAGAUCGCAUCAACGUGUCUCACCCUGACAACCGACGGGAUUCGUUUUCUUAUGAAGGGGAUGUGGAAGAUCUCACGCAGAGUUGGACGAUGAUUCGCAUUUGUGCAGAGAAGCGCCGAAACCAACUGUCUGAAGACCAAAGACAGAACAUUUAGAAGGAGAUGAAUAUAAGAUGACUACAUCACCGUGGCGCAUCACUGACUUCAUUUCUUCGCUCGUGGAUGCCGGAAGCGGCUCGAAUUUCCCCUUGAGAAUCUUGAAGGCGAGACCGUUGAUCGAUUGAGCGUCAAAGGCGUGCUUGAAGGUCAGCAUCUCAAAAAGGAUGCAUCCCAGCGCCCACACAUCGCUCUUGAAAUCAUACGGACGAUUCUUGAAUAGCUCGGGACUCAUGUCUAAUAUCCACAGCAGCCAAUCGCAGUCUAUGCGGCAAAACCGGUGUGCAUGCGUCGUUACAGUAGCUCACAAUAAGGCGUGCCGAUUUGGGUCAUGGCCAGGUCUCGCGUCGAGUCAAGGACUUUGGCAAUCCCGAAGUCGCCAAUUUUCAAAGCAAAGUUCCCCGCGGAAUCAUCGUCCGGCCUCUUGCUGCCCCGCCCCGCAAGAAAAAUGUUCUGCAGGGAAAUACGUAGCGGGCAGCGUUUGUGGUUGGUUUGUUCAUGGGUGAAUGCACCUGUGUCUUGAGGUCUCUGUGGAGUAUCCGUCUCUCGUGAAGAAAAUGAAGGGCCAAAACCACCUGGAUGAACCACUCGACCACCUUAGUCUCAGAGUAGGUACCUGUACGAGAGGGGGAGACACGACAAAAUACAUCGGCAACAAAGGCAUCGAUAUGUCAGCCACGUGCAGCCUUACCCUUGUUCUUGGCUUCUCUCCUCUUGAGCAAAGUGUAGAGAUCCCCAUGCUCGCAGUACUCCAUGACGAUGCAGAGGACCAGGUCUUCCCUCGGCGGCAAAUCGCUCUUCAUGCCUCCCUCGCCGCCAAGGUCGUCACCGGUAUCGAGCAUUAUGAACGAUUCUUUGUAGCCGACAAUGUUGGGAUGUCUGAGGUUGGACAGCAAGCGCACCUCCAUCUCUGUGCUUUCCUGCUCCUUCUCGUCCAUCAUCUGGAGCCGAAUCUUCUUGAGCACGUACAGCUGCUUCUCCUUCUUGUGCCUGCGAGUACAGCACACAAAUGGAUGUGCACGACCAUGCACACACACGCACUCACUGGCACAGGAAGACUUGGCCAAAGGAGCCGCCGCCGAUGGGGCGGAUGAUGCUGUACGGCGUCGCAUUCAUUGGUCGUGACCGAAGGCAUAUGCC